CUUAACCAACGAAGAUAUUGACAGAAAGAAGAUGCUAAAAUUUAUUUAAUUUUUGAGACAGGGGAAAAACAAGUCCAGCGACUAUGUUUUCCUUGGCGUGCACGUGUAUUUACAGAGACGAAGAAUAUAAAAAAGCAACGGAGAAAGAUUAAAAAAUUGACAGAAUAAACUAUGAUUAUACAUCGUUAUAUAAAUACUCAAACGAAAUCACACGAAGCACCGCAAAACACACGAAUCUUCUCUCUAUUCCGUGAGAAGAAGAUUGAAAUAGAAAUAAAAAUGGUAGGCGUUUUCCGGCGUUCCCUCUCCUUCCCAAACAAAAAUCCGAACCGUCCAUCACAGAAACCGCACAUAUCUCACCACAUCAGGUCCAUCAGUCUUCCCUGCAGAUCCCACCCUCUGAUCUCCGAGAUCAAGGACGAGAUCAACGGUCUCAGAUCGUGGGCCGCCACUUCCAAAGCCCAACAACAAACUUCCACGACCCUCUCCCAGGGCUUGACCCUUCUCAAGGACACCCACGAGACCCUACAACACAUCCUCAACCUCCCUCAGACUCUAGAAUCCCUCCGAAGCCACCCUCUCUGGCUCCAGAACCUUCUAGAAGAUUUCCUCCGCUUCGUCGACGCCUUCGGAAUCUUCCAAACAUCCGUCAUGGCUCUCAAGGAAGAACACUCCUCCGCCCAGAUGGCCAUAAGAAAACGCGACGACUCCAAGGUUGUCGCCUACGUAAAAGCUAAGAAUAAAAUCUCCAAAGAAAUCGAAAACAUCGUGUCCGUUCUCCGAUGUGUCAGUCUUGCUCAACACCAACAACAUUGCACGCAGCAGGCUCCAACGUCCCUCGUGGACGCUGAACUGAGACACGUCAUCGCCGACGUCAUGUCCGUGACGGUUUCCGUUUCCGCGGCGCUGUUCAACGGGAUGGCAGCGUCGUUCGCGUCUCGAAGGUUGUCGUGGGCACAAAUGGUGAAGCUGUCGAGAAAAGGUGGGAGGGUGAAGAAGGAUCGUGAAGGCGUUGAAGAGCUCCGAGAACGGGAUGUGGUGGAAAUGGAAAAUCUUCGGAAUCUGAAGAAGAAAGACGAUGAAGAAGUGAGAUUGAUUUUGAAGAAAAUGCGGGAUUUGGAGGAACGAAUCUGCGCCAUUGAAAACGAUACCGAGAAAGUGUUGAGGGCUUUGAUAAACUCUCGCGUCGCUCUGCUCAACCUUCUUACCCUUACACAGUAGAUCCCAUUUUUUUUUUUAAUUAUUUAGAUUAUUUUUUUGAAGAAGAUAUAGCAAACUUCAUUCUUUUUAAUGUACUUCCCUUACGAAAUUAGAUAAAUUUUACGCUCUUAUUCUUUGUAAACACACGUGUAUGAUUGGAACAUAUUGAAUUUAAUUCAAACAGAUUAAUUUUUUGUUGUA